AUGCUGGCGCCCAAAUGGUUCCAGAAGCUCCGGAGGAGGCGGAGCAAGGGCAAGCAGCAAAGCCCGUGCAGAAGCCUCGCCGCCGCCGAGGCGGACAAGGAUGCACCCGCGCCGGCGCAGCAGGGCCAACAAUGCCCGUCGCUGCUGCCAGCGCCGCCAUGCGCCGUGUCCCCCAACAGGGCGUCCUACUACUUCGCCAGCGCGGACCGCGCGCGCCAGGACAGGGACCUCCCGUGCGCCGCCGACGCCGUGGCGGGCCUACUGGACGUCCGCGUCGACGUGGUGCACCGCCGCGCGGGCGACCGGCGGCUCGGCGGCCUCGACGCGCCGCCCGGGACGCCCGAGCUCAAGCUGCGGCGCAUCGUCACGAGGCCCGUGCCCGUCGCCGUUGCCGACGCCUCGGAGAGCGGCGGCGGCGGCGUCAGCAGCGCCACCACGUCGGCCGCCACGACGCCGUCGACCAGGGCGCGCGGGUUCCACGUGAAGCCGCCGCUGGCGGGGGGCCGGAGGCAGCAGCGCCGGCGCCGGCGGCGGAGCGAGUCACGCGACCACUACGACAGCGUCGCGAUCAAGAAGGGGAAGGCGGCCGCGGAGGAGGAGGAGGAGGUGUCGCCGCCAACGUCCCUGCGCGUGCCCACGCAGCAGCGGCGGCGGCGGUGGCUGUACGAGAGCCUGGUGGUGGUGAAGACGUCGUCGGACCCGGAGCGGGAGCUGGCGGAGAGCAUGUCCGAGAUGGUGGUGGCCAACGGCAUCCGGUCGUCGGAGGACCUGGAGGAGCUCCUCGCGUGCUACCUCGCGCUCAACGCCGCCGAGCACCACCGCGCCGUCGUCGCCGCGUUCCGCCACGUCUGGCUCCUCCUCGACAAGCACAGGCUGCUCAUCUAG